CUGUUUCCCUCGCACUGUCGCAGCCGGUCCCCUGUGGAUUAUGCCACAUAAUCACAACAUUGAUAUCAAAUUGAAAUACAUUUAAGGACAAUGACCCAACACACCUCCAGGCUGUGUAAGGGCUAUUUGAGCAAGAAGAAGAGUCAAUGCUGCAUCAGAUGACCUGGCCUCCACAAUCACCCGACCUCAUCGAAAUUGAUGUUUGGGAUGAAUUGGACCCGCAGAGUGAGGGAAAAUGAGCCAACAAGUGCUCAGCAUAUUUGGGAACUCCUCCAAGACUGUUGGAAAAGCAUUCCAUGUGAAGCUGAUUGAGAGAAUGCCAAGAGUGUGAAAAGCUGUCAUCAAAGCAAAGGCCCCCUCCCCUCUAUAACCCAGAUCUUGGAGACAGGUCUUGUGGCCAUGGCGAAAGACCCGUUGGGUGAAGCUGGUCUUCAUUUUGAUGAGCUCAACAAGCUACGCGUGCUGGAACCAGAAGUGGACCAGAAGACCAGGGAGCUCAAGGAGGAGUGUGAAGACUUUGUUGACAAAAUCAGCCAGUUCCAGAACGUAGUGGGUGGUCUCAUUGAGCUGGUGGAUGAAUUGGCAAAAGAGGCAGAGACAGAAAAGAUGAAGGCUAUUGGAGCCAGGAACCUGUUGAAGUCUGUGGCCAAGCAGAGGGAGGCCCAGCAACAGCAGCUACAGGCCCUGAUAGCAGAGAAGAAGAUGCAGCUGGAGAGGUAUCGCAUUGAGUAUGAAGCUCUCUCCAAAGUGGAGGCUGAGCAGAAGGAGUUUAUUGAACAGUUCAUUCUGCAGAAAUAAGGCCCGAAGUCUGUGUGUGUGUUAGUGACCAUGUUUCCAGGGUGCCUGUAUUGUUUUCUAUGGGUGAUAUCCACUACACUAUGGGCUAACGGGAAUCACUCAUCUGAACACAAUAACCUCUCUUACACUUCACAAGCAAUCCAAAAAUGUUCCAACUAAAACACAGGUUUGGCCCAGACACCAACAGACAGACUACAUGCAAAGUUAGAAGACCAUGUAUAACACCAUCAAAUGUUCCUCACUAGCCGGUGUCUAAGUGACAAUUCCCCCCCCCCCCCAAGUUAUCUAUUUUUAGCAUUUAAGUGUUGGAAUGCUUGAAUAUAGUUCAAACCUGAGGCUCUAUAGGUGUCAUGCCUUUCACAACACUACAGUAUGUCAGUCAACCAAAUGGGGAAGAAAGCUAUUUAUAUAUAUAUGAAGGAAUUUAUUUAUACUAUUUAAUACUGAAUAAUUACUCUGUAUAGAUAGUUUUAUUACCUUUUCUACAAGUGGGGGAAAAAAGUACAGUAUGUGCAUGUUACUGUAAAUAAUUUCAUGAUUUUGAAAACAAUUAAUUUUAUUUUUGCUGUGUGUUGCACCCGCCCCAUUUAAAAGUAAAGUGCAUUUCAAAUGUAUAUUAUACAUUUUAUGUUUACAGUAAAUAUCAAGACAUUAGAAAAUAUGAGCAUCCUCUGCAUUCAUCUUAUCCAUGUUAAAAGUUAGUAUACCAACUUAGUGGACCAACUUCAUCAAAAGAUGAGAUAUACUUGAAUAAAAAGGAUUUGCACAUUU